AUGCUGGUUCUGACAUCUGAAGCAAUGCAUGGAAUGAAUCGCUCUGUGGUAUCAGAGUUUGUGUUCCUCGGGAUCACUAAUAUAUGGGAGAUUCAGUUUCUACUUUUUGUCUUCACUUUGUUCUUCUACUUUGCAAGCAUGAUGGGCAACCUUGUCAUUGUGCUCACUGUAACUUUGGACGCUCAUCUAAACUCCCCCCUCUACUUCCUCUUAGCUAAUCUCUCAGUCAUUGAUAUGGUAUUCUGCUCAAUUACAGCUCCUAAGAUGAUCUGUGACAUUUUCAAGAAACACAAAACCAUCUCCUUCUGGGGCUGUAUCACUCAGAUCUUCUUCAGUCAUGCAGUUGGGGGCACUGAGAUGGUGUUGCUCAUAGCCAUGGCUUUUGACCGAUAUGUAGCCAUAUGUAAGCCUCUGCACUACCUGAUCAUCAUGAGCCCACGUGUGUGUCUAUUUUUUUUAGUCACUUCCUGGGUCAUUGGCCUUAUUCACUCAGUGGUACAAUUGGUGUUUGUGGUAGACUUGCCUUUCUGUGGUCCUAAUACCUUGGACAGUUUUUAUUGUGACCUCCCCCGACUCCUCAGACUUGCUUGCACAAACACUCAAGAGCUUGAGCUCAUGGUCACUGUCAACAGUGG